CACUUCUUAUCCGCCAAUCUCAACCUCCACAGACCAACACCAUCCCUGCACAAUUUCGAUCUCAACCACCCAUUAUACCUUUCUCCUUUCCCUACACCCCUUCGUCACCACAUCUGUAACUACAUUCUAGCACAACGACAGCAAUGAGCGGGGCCCAGAAUCAGCCUACCGGGCUCCGCUACCCGUCAAACAAGAAAACAAUAUACGACCGCAACCUUAACCGGACAAAAAAUGCCGAGCUCUCUCGCGCGGCAUUCGCAUACCUGUUCGUAGAAAUGAUAUCCUACGCCCAACAGCGUGUACGAGGAAUUGCAGAUCUUGAGAAACGCUUAAACAACCAAGGCUACCCCCUCGGUCUUCGCCUCCUAGACCUCCUCCUCUCCCGCUCCAGCAACCCACUCUCCUCCAUCCGCCCCACCCGCAUCCUCCCGCUCCUCCAAUUCAUCGCCCAAACGCUCUGGCGUCACCUCUUCGGGCGCCCCGCCGACGCACUCGAACGCUCAGAAUCCGAUGCCUCGCAGUUUAUGCUGUACGACAACGAACCCCUCGUAAAUCAAUACAUCUCGCUCCCCAGAGAAAUGUCGCAGCUCAACUGUGCGGCGUUUGUGGCGGGGAUUAUUGAGGGUGUGUGUGAUGGUGCGGGGUUUGCGACAGAGGGCGUGAGCGCACAUAGUGUGGCGGAGCAGGAGGGGGGUGCGAGUGCGGGUGGGGGGAUGUGGCCCGGGAAGACGGUGUUUUUGAUUAAGUUUAAGCAGGAGGUUUUGGAGAGGGAGGAGAUUUUGGGCAGAGGCGGGGGGUAGAUGUUGGGUGAGAGGGCGCAUGUUUGAGGGUGAGAGGAGUCGUCGACUGAUGAUCGAUCUGAGAGGGGUUACAUUGCACGGCGUCUGGGAGAUGUAUGCAUAUCUUGGAGUUGCAAUUUUCAUAAACUGAACUCG